UGGACAAGUGUGUGGUGUUUUUUUUCCUUCUUCCGUCUUGCACGCGGCUUAAUGAUGGAGAGGAUAAGAAAAGAGAUGAUAUUGAUGGAGAGAGGUCUGCACAGUCCCGUCGCAGGGAAGAGGCUCGCAGACACGCCUGGAAAUUCAGUGCUGGAGGCCCUGGAAAACUCUCAGCACAGCGGACGGCUAAGCCCGAGAAUAACUUCGGCUUCCCUCCAUGGAAAUCUUGGGGACAUCCCGACGAAGGGCAAGUUUGAAAUUGACAGUCUUUUCGGGACGCACCACGGAAGCGAGAACACCUCUUCGGCGGAGAUUUCGUCGUCAGAGAGCAGGAAGAAAAUGAGCCUUUACUCCGAAGUUUCGCAAGAAUCUGAUAUUAACAGUGAUGUGGAGGUGGGAUGCCCUGCGCAUCGCUCCCCGAGCCAGCACAAGGAAAACAACAAAGGUUUUUCGGACAGUAAUUCUGGAUCUUCAAACACAAGCUCAAACUCCCUGCCGAGCAUGAACGGUAAUUCAGCGGGAGGAUCAAACAAUUCAAAUACCGACCAAGUCAGAAGGUACCGAACUGCUUUCACCAGAGAACAGAUCGGACGACUGGAGAAGGAGUUUUACAGGGAAAAUUAUGUUUCCAGACCGAGAAGAUGUGAAUUAGCCGCAGCGCUAAAUCUGCCCGAAACUACAAUUAAGGUGUGGUUCCAGAACAGGCGGAUGAAGGAUAAAAGGCAGCGUUUGGCGAUGUCCUGGCCCCAUCCAGCAGACCCCAGCUUCUAUACUUACAUGAUGACGCACGCGGCAGCUACAGGAAGUCUACCUUACCCUUUCCACUCGCACAUGCCUCUACACUACUACCCGCACGUCGGUGUCACGGCAGCAGCAGCGGCCGCCGCCGCCACCGGCGCCGCCUCGUCACCUUUUGCCACUUCCAUCCGCCCCCUCGAUACCUUCCGGGCACUCUCCCACCCUUACUCGCGGCCGGAGCUCCUCUGCAGCUUCAGGCACCCGGGACUCUACCAGUCACCCGCAGGGCUGAAUAGUUCUGCAGCGGCGUCUGCGGCGGCCGCGGCUGCGGCGGCGGCUGCGGCGGUCAGCGCCCCGUCAGCCACCGGGCCCUGCUCGUGCCUCAGCUGCCACAGCAGCCAGGCGGCGAGUGCGCUGGGCUCCAGGAGCGCUAGCGCUGACUUUACCUGCACAGCUUCCGGGCAAAGAUCCGAGAGUGGAUUUUUGCCGUAUUCUGCUGCUGUUCUCAGCAAAACCUCAGUCCCGUCACCAGACCAACGAGAAGAAACUUCACUUAACAGAUAACUCAACACGCAGCCCACACGACCGUUUCUUAUUUUGCUCCAGUCCUACUUUAGGGGGAUAGGCCUACUUUAAAUAUCACAUCUGGGUGAAAGCAUUCCUUUCUUAGCAUUGUAAACACACACAAAGACGAAAAUUAAUUUCUAAAAGUCUGAUUGAAAUCCAAAAAAACUCUUUAUAAUGAAAAAGACAUGAAUAGCUAAGCACCGAAAUUUUUGCAACAUUCAAAGACUUUUCUAAAGGCUUAUGCCCCUGUGUCUGUGCCAGUAGACCAUUUUUUAUGGACUGUGCUGGAUUAAGUUACACAUUUGGAAAAAUAACAUGCAGUGUAUUCAUUCUGUACCCAUGCCUCAACCAAGAUGUCAUCUCAAGUGGAUAUAUUUCUUUUCUACAAUUCCCACAAAUUAAACUGAGGAACUGAGAUAGGCUCACAGUCCAUAUUUCUGCGUCUCAAAUGUCCGACAUCCCAACGUGACAAAUCCAGCCUGGCUACAUCUCGACUCCUCUGGUUUUAAG